AAUUUAUAUUUUAUUGGUUUGUAAGAUAAAUAUAGGAUUUUAUCUAACCAUUAAUCAUUCUAACACCAGAAAAGUGACUUGAAAUAGUUUUCAAAUACUUUCAAAGACAAGUUUUUAUAAGAAUAAAUUUAUUUGUGUUUAAAUCUUUGAUUUAUCAUUUUGCACUUUUUUGAAUGAUGAGAUAAUUAAUACAUUAAUUAUUCAGUAACUUGCCUAUCUUAUUACAAAGGCCAAACGUUCACAUACAGUAAUUUCUCAAGUAUAAAUUGAUAAGACUGCGAUAAACAACUAAAUUGCACCGACUCAUACGCACACACACAGUCACAAGCACUGUCAUAAACAUCUACAGUUGUGUUCAAAAUAAUAGCAGUGUGUUUAAAAAAGCGAGUAAAGCUCAAAAUCCUUAUAAUAACUUUUACUUCAAUACACACAAAUGCAUCAAAACAUCAAAACAUGAAAAAUUUUGUACAUUUUUUAUUACUUUACAGAAAGUGAAGAAAAGGGAAUAUUAGGCUGUUCUAAAAAAUAGCAGUGUCUGCAUUUUUCUUUACAAAGUCAAACAUUUACUGUAUAAACUGAAAAAUGCUUGAAGAUUUAGCUUUCUUGUGAAUGACUGAACUAACAUUUAGUUGUCUAACCAUGGUUUCUGAGAACUGCUUCACAUCUGUGUUGCAUGGAGUCUGGCACCAGGUAUUCCAGCCCAGGACGAUUGCACUACAUACCACAAUUCCUCUGCAUUUCUUGGUGUUGCCUCAGAAACAGCAUUUUUGAUGUCACCCCACAAGUUUUCUAUUGGAUUAAGCUCUGUAGAUAUGGUGCCGGCCACUCCAUAGUAUUGGUCUGGAACCAAGAUGCUGCUCGCUUACUGGUGUGUUUGGGGUCGUUGUCUUGUUGAAACACCCAUUUCCAGGGCAUUUCCUCUUUGGUAUAAGGCAACAUAACCUCUUUAAGUAUUUUAAUGUACUUAGACUGAUCCAUGAUCACUGGAAUGCGAUAAAUAGGCCCAACACGUAGUAUGAGAAACAUGCCCAUAUCAUGAUGCUUGUGCCACCACACUGUAAAAAAAAUAAUAAAAUUUUUUACCAGCUUCAGCUGAUUUUUGAGUUUGCUCAACUUAGUUUUGUGGGAGAUUCUUAAAUUUUUGUUGUAUAAACUUAAAACGACAAGUUGAGAAAACUCAAAAAUCUGCUGAAGUUGGUUGCCUUAAAAUUUUAAGUUUUUUUUACAGAUGCUUCACUGUCUUCACAGUGCACUGUGGCUUGAAUUCAGUGUUUGGGGGUCGUCUCACAAACUGUGCGGCCCCUAGACCCAAAAAGAAGAAUCUUGCUUCAUCAGUCCACAAAAUAUUGCGCCGUUUCUCUUUAGGCCAGUCAAUGUGUUCUUUGGCAAAUUGUAACCUCUUCAUUUUUUCAACAAUGGGACUUUGCGGGGGGAUAGCUUGGCUUCACACAGGCAUCUUCUAAUUGUUACACUACUCACAGGUAACUUUAGACUUUCUUUGAUCACCCUGGAGCUGAUCACUGGCUGAGUCUUUGCCAUUUUGGCUAUUCUUCGAUGCAUUUGAAUGGUAGUUUUCAGUUUUUUUCCCACAUCUUUCUGGUUUUGGUUGCCAUUUUAAAGCAUUUCAUAUCAUUUUAGCUGAGCAUCCUAUAAUUUUCUGCACUUCUUUAUGUUUUCCCCUCUCUAAUCAACUUUUUAAUCAAAGUACGCUAUUCUUUUGAACAAUGUCUGGAACGACCCAUUUUACGCAGAUUUUCAGAGAGAAAUGCACAAUACAACAUUUGCUGCCUUCGUCCUUAAAUAAGGGCCACUAGUUUGACACCAGUUUUUUCACAGAAUGAUUUAUAUACCCUUUUAAAUUAACGAUUCAAUUACACAGAAUCAACAGCAUGCAUGUCAUGACUGUUGGUUUUCUAUUACUCUACCACACCUAGUAGUAAAAUAUUUGCCAUGUAGAAAUAUAAUUUCUACCAAAAACAGCGAUUGAUCUGGUUAGUGAUGUUGGACUGCUAUUAUUUUGAACACAACUGUACGUCAAUCUCAUUUUAACCCAAUGGUGGCCAAGGAUACAUUUUACUGUCCAGAGUCUAUAAAACCCUGUUACCGGUCUCUCUCAGAUUACAGCUCUGUCUAUCUCGGGUGGUGUGCGAGUGUGUGUGAAUAAGUGUGAGUGUGCAUCUCUGUACUAAAGGAUAUUCUCUACGAGAGGACUAGAAGACAGCCUCAGGCAAAGAAGUCAUCAUGGCAGACAAAGAGGAACAAAGGACAAAGAAGACCAAGAAUAGUCCAAGUUGCUUGGGAUAUCCUAUCAGCAUAUUUUUCAUUGUGGUGAAUGAGUUCUGUGAGCGAUUCUCCUACUAUGGCAUGAAAACGGUGCUGGUGCUGUACUUCAAGUAUUUUAUCGGUUGGGACAAUGAUUUUUCCACGACCAUCUACCACACAUUCGUGGCUCUGUGCUACCUAACACCCAUCCUGGGGGCCAUCAUUGCAGACUCAUGGCUGGGCAAGUUCAAGACUAUCGUGUAUCUGUCCAUAGUCUACACCAUCGGCCAGGUGAUCUUGGCUAUCAGUACCAUCCAUGACAUCACAGAUACCAACAAAGAUGGUACACCUGACAACAUGACCUUCCAUAUUGCCAUGUCCAUGCUGGGACUCAUGCUCAUUGCCUUGGGAACUGGAGGUAUUAAACCCUGUGUGGCGGCGUUUGGAGGAGAUCAGUUUGAAGACCAUCAGGAAAAACAAAGAAGUACUUUCUUUUCCAUAUUUUAUCUGUCCAUUAACGCUGGCAGUCUUCUCUCCACUCUCAUCACACCCAUCCUGAGAGCUCAUGAGUGUGGUAUCUACUCAAAGAAAAGUUGUUUCCCGCUGGCGUUCGGGGUCCCUGCAGCUCUCAUGGUGGUUGCCCUCAUUGUGUUCAUCGCAGGCCACAAAAUGUACAUUGUGGAAUCCCCCAAAGGCAACAUCCUGCUGCGAGUCAUGAAAUGCAUUGGAUUUGCAGUUAAGAACCGUUUCAAUCACCGCAGUAAGCAAUACCCCAAGAGACAGCACUGGAUGGACUGGGCGGAAGAGAAAUAUGAUAAACUCCUGAUUGCUCAGGUGAAGAUGGUGUUGAAGGUUCUGUUCCUCUAUAUCCCUCUGCCAAUGUUCUGGGCCUUAUUUGACCAGCAGGGCUCUCGUUGGACUCUUCAAGCCACCACUAUGGAUGGUAACUUUGGAUCGUUUAUAAUUCAGCCAGAUCAAAUGCAGAUUGUGAACCCCAUACUGAUUGUGAUGAUGGUGCCGAUCAUGGACUCUGCAGUGUAUCCACUCAUCAAGAAGUGCCAUAUUAACUUCACGCCCCUGCGGAGGAUGACUGUUGGCAUGCUGCUGGCUGCAUUAGCAUUUGUGGCUGCUGCUCUUUUACAGAUUCAAAUUGACCAAACAAUGCCCAACUUCCCAUCGAGCUCUCAAGCCCAGGUGAAGUUCCUCAACUUGGAGAACACAUCACUGCCGGUUGUAGUGGGGGGGCAAGAACCUUUUGCUGUUCCUGGAUUUGAUUCUUCUAAUGAAUAUAUGACGCUUGACACCGAGAACGUUACAAUCUCUGCUGGAGGAAAAAACACUACAGCUUAUUUCCAGAAGGAAACAAGGCACACGGUUUUGAUAAAUACUGAUGGAAUACGACAGACUCUCAAUGACAUAACUGAGAAACCGAAUCAAGGCAUGAAUGCGAUCAGGUUUGUGAAUGGAUUUAGGUCUCAUCUGAACUUCACAAUAAAAUCUGAUAAUCUGGGUCCCAUCGCUCCCUUACAAGGAUCAGGCUACCUCAAUGUUUCCCACGGCAAAGUCAAUUUUACUAUUGUGAAUGAAGGAGGACAGACGUGCCACUACAUCCUGCAACUGGGCUUCGGAAGCUCCUACACAGUCCUCAUCCCAAGCAACUUUAGUUUUGGAGAAUCUUGUACCGAGAGCAUUAAAGCAAUACAGGAUGUUGAACCGAACAGCAUCCACCUGGCCUGGCAGGUCAUUCAGUACUUUUUGAUGACCUGUGGAGAAGUGGUCUUCUCUGUCACCGGCCUGGACUUCUCCUAUUCACAGGCACCAAGCAAUAUGAAGGCAGUCCUCCAGGCUGGUUGGCUGUUGACUAUUGCAGUGGGGAACAUCGUUGUGCUUAUCGUGGCUGAGGCAGGCUCACUUCCUGAACAGUGGACAGAAUACUUGCUGUUCGCAUCUCUCCUGGUGGCCGUGAGUAUCAUCUUUGCGGUCAUGGCUUACUUCUACACCUAUAUGGACCCGAGGGAAAUUGAGGCUAAAUUUAUGGAACUUGAGCCAGAAGAUAAGAAAAAGAAAGCGCUUGAAAUGACGACCAAAGACAAUUUGGCGAAUGAAAACAAUGAGACGUCAGAUAACACAGACAUCAAACAAACGAAGAUCUAGAUUCAUCGCUGCUUUUUUCUCUUGAUCUGUGGUUUGAAAGCGUUGGUGUUCCCUUUACUAUUGAUCGAAGAACUGAUUCACCAUUUUUUUUCUUGGGAUUUGUUAUGCGGUAGCACAAAUACAACACAAUCCUAAAUCAGCCAAAGGAAAGCAAAUUCUACCUGAAAUUGAAUGGCGUGUUUGGGACGACAACCAUGGGCAGAAGGUUUGGUGAAGAGUUUGAUAUGGUUAAGUUCAGCGUUAAAGCACAUGUCACUCUCAUGUGCAUCAGUGCCUUUGCAGGUGGGUUUUAUUUAUGAGUAUAUGAUGUUACUAUCAGUAAAUAGAUAAAAGUUGAAGCAAGUGAUGCUCUUUUAUGGAAAAUGCAAUUUACCAUUAUCACGGAAAACCAGUUUAAAUGGAAACUAACAAGUGGAAGUACAUAGUCACAAUGCUAUUUCAUUCUAUUUUGAAUGCCAGUUCCCUCUUGUACUUCGAGCAACACAGUCCUGUUUGUGUAAUUGUGGAUUGGAUCUUUCAGAAAAUAUUCUAAAGUGCCUCUAAAUAGUUUUUAUUAAUAGCUAUUCAUUUGCACUAAGUAAUUUUUUUUUUUUUUUUUUGGAGUUCAUUUUCACCAUAGUUAAUGCUGUUAUUUUGCAACUAGAUUUGCAUUGUUUGAGCCAGAUAACCUGCAUACGACUAUGAGCAUUGGAGUUCAGUGUUUUCCUUAUGUAUUUUUAAAUUAUUUUUUCUACACAACACUGUAAAUGGGUUUUAAACUACAUUGGGUCCAAUAAGCUGUGAAUGAAUCAACUUUUGAUUAAGUGCUUCAAUAAAAAAUAAUAAUAUAUAUUAUAUAUAUAUAUAUAUAUAUAUACACUUGUGCCUC